CCAUCCCAAGCAUCUCGACUCUGCGCUCUACCUCGGUGCUCCUGAUUCCUCGGUACUAACCCAAUAUUCGCGCAGAACCCUACUUCUCCCUCCUCAAAAUGUCUAAGCUCUUUGUUGGUGGCCUGGCCUGGCACACCACUGAUGAAACCCUCCGCCAAGGAUUCCAGGACUUCGGAGUCGUCGAGGAAGCCGUCGUUGUCAAGGACCAUGAUACCAACCGCAGCCGUGGUUUCGGAUUCGUCCGGUUCGCAACCGAUGAGGAUGCCGACAAGGCUAUGGAGGCCAUGAACAACCAGGAAUUCGAUGGUCGGGUUAUCCGAGUCGACAAGGCUUCGGAGCGGCCUCGCGGCGGCGCUGGAGGUGGCGGUUUCCACGGCCGAGGUGGCUACAACCAGCGUGAAGGAGGCAAUGGAGGUUACCGUGGUGGUUACGGUUCGUCAUCCAUCCUCCGCUCGACGUGGUCUCGAAGUAUCAGCUAACCCAGAUUACAGGUGGCGGCGGUGGCUACGGCGGCGGUGGUAGUAAGUCUAAGCUUCUCCUGACAUUCGCCUCACAGUCUCACUGAUGAAAAGAUUACUAGACUGGCGUAGCCCCCAGCAGCAAUCCUACGACUCGAACCAGAAUGCUUGAUUGCCUGC